GAACGAACAGGGGGAGGUCGGCGUAUCUAUGAACGAUGAAAGAGCACUCCAGAGCUGGUGACGUCGUGCGACUUCCUCAAAGCAAGCUAUUAAUACCUUUGGCGCGAGAGAGUAUCAGGAGUAUCAGACGAGCAGGAAGAGAUAUUCAUAUAUAGGCGACGAAGAAGACGAGGGGACAACGAGGGGGGGAGGGGGAACGGAAGACGAAGAAGAACUGUGCAUGCGGGCAACAGCGUGGAGAAGAAGACUCAGUUUGAAAGAUGAAGGCUGUACUUGUUUGUCCCUCUCUACCUUUCGGCAUGACUGGGGCCGACUGAUUCACUGUUAUGAGUUGAGCAGGGCAGCAAUUACCCCAGUGCGCCCGACGUACCGACCCUGCCGUCUAAGCUUCCUGAGAGAGCACACCCAAAAAUGGGUGUGGGAGGAGGAGGUGGAGUCUUGACAAUGGGAGGUACACCAUCUACAUCGGCGGCAGCCUCCCCCGCCCGCAGAAUAGCAGCAACAGCAGCAGCAGGAGGAGGAGGAGGAGGACCAGCACACAUUAUUACUGCUACUUCAGCCGAGGGAUUGGCUCUACAGAACAGACCUCCAGCGGAUUGCGGAGAGUGGAUCGAAGUGAAGGCGUCGGAAAUUUUUCGGCAAUUGGUGAAGAAAUUCAAUGAAGUCGUGAAGCCGAUUCGGGGGAGAGUGUCAUCGACUUCCAUCAUCAACUUAUGGGCGAGCAAACGUCUUCCACAUCCGGUGCGCAAGCGGCUAAAUUUCUUUCGUCUGCACCUCCUCUAUGUGGGGACUCUCUGCUUUAUUGGCACCUUGGCCUUAUGGCUGACACCGAAGAACAUGAAAGACGAUCCGCACAAACGGCUGCCUUUCAUCGAUGCUCUGUUCCUUGCCACAUCAGCGGCGUGCGUGACGGGUUUGAUCACAACAGAGAUGGAUGUGCUGACCACCUCAGAUCUGGUAGUCGUGAUGAUUUUGACUGGUCUUGCGGGGGUGGUCUUCACGUCUCUGGGCCCGGUGUUGGUCCGGCGGUACUACUUCCGGCUUAAGCUGCUGCAAACGAAAAGGAAUGCAAAAAAGAUCGGAGAGAAUGAAGACGAGACGCAGCAGCAGGAGGGGCAGCCCCAGGAGCAGCAGCAGCAGCAGCAGCAGGAGCAGAAGAACGGCGAACAGCAGCAGCAGCAGCAGCAACAGAAGACAGCAGAGACCCAAACGGUCGGGAUGGGAGAUGCUAAGAGGAAAGGUGAAGAACAGCAUCAGCGGAGUGCCAGCGUUCCUGGCUCUCCGGCGCGGACCGAUGUCCCUCAAGCAGGACAAGGAGCUGGGGGAGGGGGAGGAGGAGGAGUGGAAGGGAGAGGAAGGGGAGGAAGAGGAGGAAGAGGAGGUAGAGGAGGAAGAGGAGGAAGGGGAGUAGGAGCUGGAGUGAAUGGGGAGGUGCCUGUGAUUGUGAGGGGGGGAGCCGGUGAUACCCAGCUGUCCACGCAGGGGCGGGCAUUGUCUGCGGCCAUGGCAAGAGGCCGCGGAGGGGCGGGGGGUGUCGUAGGCUAUGGUCGGAUCAUAGGGUCACCUCAAACAGCCCCCUCGGAGGGUGUCGGUGGGAGGGGGGGGGCUCAAAGGGCCCCUGUCCAGCCCCAUGGGAGUCCCCUAAGCAGCGGUGUGCAGCCUCCAGGCAGUCCCCUUCGGAUCGCUGUACCCCACCCAGGAAGCCCCCUAAGAAGCCCUGUCCAGCGGCCCGGGAGUUCCCUCGUAAGUUCCCCUCUCCAUCCGGCCGGGCAGCUCAGUCCUCGGGCCAUCGGAGGCGAGUUCAACGAGAGUCGUCCGGCCGCCACCACCAUCGACUGGGAUGCAUGGAUGAGGAGGGGCAAGAUUGAGAGAGACUAUAGCUACACCUGGGGGGCUGACAUGUCAAGCGAAGAAGCCCGUAAGCUGGUCCGUGACGCUCUGGCAAUUAGGCAAGUAGCCAGAGGAGGGGCUGAGGGAGCAGCAGCAGGUGGUACAGCUGCUGGCGCCGGCGGGGAGGGGACAAGUGGAGGGGCACGACGAGGAGCGGGGCUAGGAAGAGGUGGCAUGCCCCCCCCCGCACUUACUGUCGACCUCCGUCGAAGUAACUCGUCUAUUCACCGUAUGUCGGCUUUGAUGAUAGUCGAUGACGCUGAGUACAACGAGGACACCAGCGAGUUCUUCAUCGAUUACCACCAGAUCAGAUCUGUCGAACACCGUGCCCUUGUGGAGCUCAGCAAGCUCGUCCCUCUGUAUUACUUCGGAUGUGUCUUUGUGGCUUCGCUCUUGGUGCUCCUCGGUUUGUUGGGCUCGAGACAUGCGAAGAAAACUGUCAACGCCACUCACCAAAACAUCUACUUCUUCUCCUUUUUCCACUGCGUUAGUGCGUUCAAUAACGCUGGCUUUUCCAUCCUUCCUGCCAAUCUUAUCCGCUUGCGCGACUCCUCCUUCGUUCUGUUUAUCAUCUCCAUUCUCGUUCUUCUGGGCAACACUCUCUUCGCUCCCACCAUGCGCGGCAUCAUCAUACUCCUCCAUCGUUACUCAAGGAGCAAGCGCCUUGUCUACGAGUACCUGCUUGACCAUCCUCGCAAGUGUUCCACCCACCUCCUCCCUGCCACCCAAACGAAGUGGCUGGUCCUAGCUGUGGUCGCCAUCAACUCCGUUCAAGCGAUAGCAUUCUUGGCUCUCGAUUGGAACACGGAUCAGAUCAUUCACAUGGGAUUCGGUCACAAAGUGGUGACGGGCUUCUUCCAGGCCAUCUCCACAAGACACGCGGGCUUUCGAGUCGUCUAUAUCGCUUUACUCAAUCCUGCAAUGACGGUGUUAUACUGUGGGUUCAUGUACACGGCAGUGUACCCCGUCUUCCUAGCACGACAGCAUUCGGAGGCCCCUCGAGAGGGCCCUCGAGAAGGCCCUCCAGAUGAGUACCACGACGCCGAAAUUGGCGUCCACAAGGUCUGGGAUCCCGUCGCGCUUAGCAACAGUCUGAAACGCCAGGCGGCAGGACUUCUGGGCCAGGAUGCUUGGCUCCUCUUCGCCGGCGUUUUCCUCAUCUGUGCAAUCGAGUCGGCAAAAAUCCAGGCCGAUCAGAACUUCACAGUCAUGAACAUCGUCUUUGAGGUCAUCAGCGGGUAUGCCAACGUCGGGCUCUCCACAGGGAUAUGCAAUCGUUCCCCAGACUACCCUGAGUCGUGCACGCCCGAGUCCGAGAACUACAGUCUGUCAGGAAAAUUCCAUCCUGCUUCGAAGCUGGUCAUGGUGCUCGUUAUGUUUCUAGGUAGACAUAGAGGAUUGCCCGACAACAUAGACAGUGCAAUACACAUUCCGAAUAUGGAGUUGUUCAAGCGACAGGUUGAUCCAAACUUCACAGGAAAGAAGGGGGAUAGAUGACAUUGACAGAGCUCUGACAGAUCUCAAUUCAGGAGGGCGAGGUAGACAUACAGAUUGCCGAAGGGGGAUAGAUGGCAUUGACAGAGCUCUGACAGAUCUCAAUUUAGGAGGGGCGAGGUAGACAUAGAGAUAGCAUAGAGAUUGCUGGACAAGAUAAUAGCCAGUGCAAUUAUACGAAUUGCGACUAAGCAGUGGUUGAUAGCGACAGGUUGAACCGAACUUCAGAGGAAAGCAGCACACGAUAUAUUAUGGCAUUGACAGAUCUCGAAUGAGGAGAGCUCGCUCGUACUCAGCAGCACUUUCACUACCGAAACACUAUACUUGUUACUUAACGGUAACGAACAGCAUUUACGGGCGGAGCUGGACGAAUCUGACCGCAAUUACGUUCACAAAUGAGUUUAAAAGAAGUUCCAGUGGGAGUAUGCCCUCAGGCUUUCCUAAAAGGUCUGAACUGCCGAGAGAGUGGGUGCAAUGGAGGGAGGGAGGGGUGACAAACAAACACUACGUUUUCGGAACAACUUUUUCUGUUCUUUCCCCCCUUUUCUAAAAAUAGUUUGGCCUCUGCUUAGAGACCAGAGAGGGAGAGAGAUGAUGAGGAGGGACGAGGAUGGAAGAACGCACAACGGGUGUUAAGGGCAAAGAUGGUGGAAGAGAUUCCAGAAGGGGGGGGGGAAGGGAUGGGGAUUGUACAGUACACGGAAUGCCAGCCAGACGGCAGAGGAGGAGGAGGAGGAGGAUGUAGAGGAGGAGAAGGAAGAGGAGGAAGAAGGAGAGUAGCGGGGGGGCACGUAGGAGGCCAGCGACAGCCAGACUGUCCUGAAGACACAUCUCGACUGGCUGUGGGAUGUUAUAUAUAGAGGAGAAGAUUGAGCGGGAUUUGCAGGGCACGUAGGAGGGAGGCAAAGGGAGAUUCUGAAGAAGGAAGAAUAGGAGAACGGGUAGGAGGACAAGGAAGGAAGGAUGGAGAGCAACCGGAGAAAGACGCCAGCAACAUGCCAUCACGGCGCAAGUGACUGCGCGAAAGCUAAGGAACGAGUUUCGGGGGAUGGCUUUCUCGCACGUGGCAUGCAGUCCCAUCAGUAGGAGAAGGAUUGGGAGAGCGAGUGAUUAGGGAGAGGAGGGACGGCUGAGUCGGUGAAACAGCAGGGAGCAGAAGGCAUUAUAAAGCCACGGCCCGGGUGUCCCUUCGAGAGCCAGCGGAGGGCUGCUGCCUGACUUUCCCGCACGAGAACGGACCUUCGGCCUUCAGCAUCAGAGAGGGGCUGAACGAGCAGCAGGAGCAGGCUCCGAGC